GUCAUCCGAACUCACCCGUUAUUUUAAAGUUGUUUGGUACCUUAAUGUUAGACUUCUAACAAUACACCCCAAAAAUAGAACAAAUUUUUUAUGUCAACACACAAAAAAGAAGAAUGUGCUAAUCCAAAAAGUCAAAAAGAUAAGGUUAUGAUUAGAUAUACUUUGGCGAUGCUCAUAUUAGAGUAGAGUUACAAGAUGUCAGGCAGUCUCGUAAUGCAGAAACCCCCUGUCAGCUCUAAAAAUGUUGUUGUUAUUGAUUUAGAAAGUAGGAGAGAAGAAAUAAAUCCAAAGCUAGCGAAAGUGUUAAAAAAGUUGUUGGAUCCAAAGUUUAAACUAUACAACAAAGAUUAUCUUAAUCUAUUGUUAACACACUUAACCAGCAAGGAACAGGAAAGUAAAUUUACUCCACAACAGAUAGAAACACACAAAAAAUUCCUGACGAUAUGGCUGAAAGGUUACAUUGUACAGUGCGAAAGGCUUCAGGAACCGCCAAACGCCAGUCUCCUCACGUUCGUCCUAAAUAUCACCCGAUAUCUCUGCGAAUCAGAACAAAUAUUCGUCCAUCUCAACAGCGAUGACAUCUUCGAAAGAUUGGUCAAGAUAAUAAAGAAGGUUUCUCAACCUACAGUAACUGGAGCAUUUAUAAAACUGUUUGGUGACUUUGUAGAACACAAAUCUGGCUUGCAGUGGAUGAUAUCCACUAACCAUUGGGAGCUUCUAGUGGAUAUCAUCUUAAAUAAUGAGACUGUUUUCGUCUAUAAGGAAGGAAACAAAUUCGUGGCCAAAAUGUUAGAGAAAUCACACAGUUUCAAUGUGCCAUUCUGUAAAAACGUCAUCCAACACAUUCUGGUACCUUUAGAUGAAUGCUACAAAGCUAUUGUUGAUCAUUCCUUCAAUGAAAGUCACGAGAAAUGGUUGAUUUCCACCUUAAGACUUAUCAGCGAGAUUUUGUAUAUUCUUCUAGGACCAGAAGCUGCUUCCACAGAUAGCGCGGUAAUCGCGGUACUAGUAGAGACCUUCCAGCUGAAUAAGAGGUUAAAAGAGAUCCUAGCUGUCACGACUCAUUCCGUAAUUAAAGGCUGGGUCUACAGAACAGUGAUUUACCUGAGUCUGUAUGAACUGAAAAUUAAAUUCAUCGGAAAUCAGCGAGCUGGGUCCCAUCAGAAAGCAGAAAUAUCUCCGGUGGUCUUCAACGUACUGUACGAUGCCGCCAAUGAAAUAUCAGUGCCUUGCAUGCUUCUUCUGUUAUUCACCACCUUGAAUUGCUGGAAUACAAUCAAAGCAAGUUUGCCAGCUACUUUGCUUGCUAACCCUAAGGUGGUAAGCUUCGAAGAUCAGUUGCUAGCCAUACAAUUGAUGCCUAUGUACACGGUUUUUGUUAAAACUAUUGGAUUUAACGUAUAUACCAGUGAUUCAGGUAAUCAGGAUAGUUUCAGGUACUCCUUCAUCUCAAAACUGGUCGAUCGGAUUUACCCUAAGACCAUCAGGGUAAAAUAUAAAUGGCAAAAUUAUUUGCUGGAAAACUAUUCCAUCACGAAUGGGAUACUGGCACUGAAGUAUUUCAUCCAUUCCAAACAACUGUAUUACAAGGAAAACGCUAUUCUGGCCUUUCAGAUGAUGAUAUAUUUGAUAGAGGAUCUAAAUACGUGUUUGAAGGAGAAACCUGAACUGCAGUUACAGUUCAUCAAUGAGCCAGAUUAUUUGGACCUACAUUUGAAAGUUAUCGCUAUGAUUAUCGACGAGUUUCAACUGACGUGGCAAGAUACGGUCGAAUCUUUAUGUGUUCUGUACAUUGUUUAUCAUCUUCUCAAUGGACUGAUAUGGCCGACAAAGAUAGUGGUCACGGCAUUGAAAUUAGCAGAGAAAGGAAUCUCCAAAUAUAUGACUUGCGAUUUGGCUCUUCUCAUUGAUGAUGCUGAGAAUUCCAUUACGCAUCUACUUCCUGCGUUGCUACGCGUCAAAUUGCACGACGGGGCUUGGGAGGUCAGAGACAGCACCAUUGAACUGCUCCAGUCACUUUUCAUGACAGCCAUCAAUACAAAAUUUACUUCCUACAAAAAGCUACUUUUAGAAAAUGAUCUGCCUUGUUCGGUAUUAAGGAUGGCCACUGAUGAUGGAAAUCCAUUCGUCAGAGCUUCAGCUGUAAGAUGUGUCCAGAAAGCAAUAGAAAUUCCUGAAUUCUGGGAAGCUUUAACAAAUUCCUUCAACUUCUACGACAUUGUUUUAAGGAUAUUACAAUACGAAACUGAAGGAAUAGUUCGUUGUGAAGCUGCUACGUUAGUAGAUUGUAUCUUCACACACCAAAGCAUACCCCAAGACCUAAUGAACAGAUUCUACGACGUAAUGAACCACGCAGUAGUCGCUGACCUCCAUUGGGAAGUCAGGGUAAAGGCGUUGAAAUUCUGGAAGAACAUCAUCGACGAACAUCUGACGCAACAGGGCAUGAUCGACGGCUCAUUUCCAAGCGUAACCUUCUCAAAAGAGCUCAAAAAGAUCGUGACUUUGAGCGAUUUGGAAGUUGAGAAAAGGCUAGUGCGUGUUCUGAACGAACUUUCUCAAAUCGGGUGUUUGUCGGUAUUCUACGAAGCUCUCCAAGACGACUGUGAUAUUGAAGUUUCCAAAACUGCAACGAAUACCAUUAAAGAGUUUGUCGAUCUGCUCAAAAAUCAUCAGGUCACCGUACAAAGUCUGCAAAAGCACACUGCGCCUACCACUCCGGUGUCACCGAUGAUUGAGAAAGUGGUGUUCCCUCCAGUAGCUGUGGCUCAGAUUGAAGUAGAUGACUUUAUGAUGUCCACUGUGCCAUCUACUCCUCAGUAUGCUCCGAUCUCAGAUUCCAUCUUGGAAGAUAUCCUGGAUACCCGAGAUCUCAACUUGUUGGAAACUGUGUUUAAUAAAUUGGAUGAACCCAGUUUUAAUAACAUCGAUAUCAAGAAGCGGCAAGCUCUAAAGCCGGAGUUGUUCUUGAACUUGGUGUAUACUGAUCUCGAACGGCGUCUAGUAGAGAAAAGCCAGUGGAGAGAACAAACCGAUGGCUUCCAGUCGCUUCUGGAUGAUAUUUUGAAAGAAUAUGACAAUGUAGAUGUGAACAGUAUGGAUUGCUAUUAAGUGGUUUAUGGAAUGAAAGCUUAUAGUCCAGGGGCCAGGUCUGUUCUGUGCUAGAUUAAAGUCCACUAAAUUUCAGAGUAUAUUUCAUAGUGUAUUCGAAUUUCAAACUUGCUUUUACGUAGGAAGUGAAGGUAAUUUGUUAUAAACAAAUCCUCAGUAGUCCCAAUGAUUUUCAUCCAUUUGGUGAUUUGUCUCUUGUAGUGUUGGAGAAUUCUCGAGAAUGAAAAAUCGGAGAAUAUUCCCGAGAAUAUUCUCGAUAUAGAGAAUUUUCUGAGAAUGAACCUUUGACGAGCUUAUGGAUAUUGUUAAAGAUGAAAUAGGGUAUUAAAAAUCAUUAAAUUAUAUACAAAAUUAUGAGACGAAACAACAGAAAACAAAAUUUAUUUGACAAAAAAAAAAUGAAAUUUUCUUAACAGCAAAUACUGGAUGUGGUAAGCUAAUCUGAAAAAGAUAAGGCCUCAGAUUCAGAAUCUAUUUCUAUCAUUAGACUAAAAGGGGUAGUUCCCUGGGUUGGCUGUAUGCCAUAUAGUUAAAAAACUCAUUAACAUGAAGUAAAACCACUUCUAUGUAAAAGGUAUAUUUAAUAAAAUUUUAAAAAUCCCCAAUGGAUUGAUUAAAAUAGGUUCAUUCAGAACGUUUUCGGACCUAUCAGUCCAUCAUCAGUGAAUCUAAAAUAGAAUAAAUAAUCCCACUAUUAAAAUUGACAAGAUGGUUGAAAGUUAACUUUCAAAAAUUUCAACCAUCUUUUCAAUUUUAAUAGUGGGAUUACUUAUUCUAUUUUAGAUUCACUGAUGAUGGACUGAUAGGUCCGAAAACGUUCUGAAUGAACCGUCCGCAAUGAAAAGAUAAUUUUUUUGAAAUUGUUUAAAAAAAAUUGUUUAAACAAUUUAGGCACCCUGUGGAUAUGUUAUAAGGACCUUUUUGAGUAAGUUUGUGCAAAAAAAUCGAAUCUGAACAAUUUCGCUAGCGGGGACGACGAUACAGUUGGACUAUAGCGGUAAUUGUUAAUAAUUAAAAAUAGCAGCUUUGUAAUAAAAUAAUGACAAAAAUCUCUUCAGGACCUGGAAGAAGGGAUUUGAAACUUGAUUUGGUUACUUUUUGAAUUCCAUAAUAAUAAUUUUUAAUCGAGUUAUUAACCCUUAAACGCCCAAGGGUGGGUAAAAAAUGUCCACCUAAUGCGUAUUCCCUUGUAACAUAUUUAUUACGUGUUUAAAUUUUUUUUAAAAAUUAUUUAUUGUUAAAAAGCCAGCCCAUUAUCGAAUGUUAAUUUGGUUCUACCAAUAUUUUUGAAAAUAAAAGCAGCAUCUUGAGUUAAAUAUGGAUGGGCAUAAAAAGUACAUCCUUGGCAAAACUUGUUACUACAGGUUUCUAUAUAAUUUCUCGUUGGUAGGAAGAUAAUCCAUAUAAUUAUCGAUGUAUAAUUACAUAAUCUACAUAAUUAUCCGCCAAUGAGGAGGCUGAAAGAAAGAAUAUGGAGAAAAUCGACAAAUCUGAAUUACUGGCUUUUACUGGUAUGUUAAUUUUGAUGUACAUUGUAAUUUUGUUGUAACGUUUGUAAAUUGUUUAUAUUAAUAUUUUAGAAGAUGCUGUGUUUAUUAAGCAUAAGAUUCUUAAGUUUAAUCCAUUUUCAACAACUCUUAAUAAAUAUAUUAGCUAUUUUCGAGGUGGGCAUUUUAUACCCACCCUUGGGCGUACAUGGGACCUAAAAAAGGUUGGGCGUUUAAGGGUUAAGCCUUGAAAAUGGCAAUUUUCGCAUUUUUCAAAUUUUUAAUGGCAUAUAACGCGACAACAAUCAAUUUUAGAGAAAAAUGACUUGAUACCUUUUUUGCUCAAAAUGAAGUAACUUAUCUAAAAAAUUAUUGUUCGAAAUGAAAAAAUAAUUUUUGUGAAUUUGUUUAAAAAAAAUUGUUUAAACAAUUUUUCGACCACGGCACCGCCCGGGACUCUACGGAUAUGUUAUAAGAACCUCUUUCUGAGUAAGUUUGUGCAAAAAAAUCGAAUCGGAAUAAUUUCGCUAGCGGGGGCGAGGAUACUGCCCGGUCUCUUAUUGGAUCAACGUUUACUAAACAUCAUUUUGUAGGUUUCUUUAACAAGUUGGCUGUCAUAAUGUUAAAAAAAGUGGGUCCCUACGGCUACGAGUCUCCAUUUUUUAUGCUUUUGACAGAACUAUGGUGUGCCACGCGGCUCUUAUCAACAACAACAUGAGACACAACGUUUAUGUUUGACGGCAGCCAACGUGUUAAGGAACAAAUUGCAUUUUGCAAAAGUGAUUUAUUAUAUUUAUCAUUUUACGAAUUAUAAUCAUUUAAGCAAUUCAGAAUGGUACGGAUUUACAUCAAAUGAACUUUUCAGAGAAGCUGUCUCUAAAUAGUCUUCGAAUAGCUAUGAUGAUUGCUAGAAGAAGCAAUUAAAUUGUUUAUAACUAAUUCCCGUCACUUCCGAUGCAAAAGCAGGUUUGAAAUUCGAAUUAAGCCCUGGCCCUAGAUUAUUAUUAAUAAGUUCUAAAUGGACAUUUUCCUGUUUAGUCAUACAUUGUGUAAAGUUAAAAAUAUGUAAACACAAAAUAAAAAAAAAACAAUUUAUUUUAAUAAAUGAAUUUAAAAAAUAAACUUAUAAAAAAAUAAAAACUGAUAAGCCAUAAAAGGACCAUUAGCAUCUAUAGAGCUAUGACUGAAACUAAUUUUGAAAUUGGUGAAAUAAGAAUAUAGGAAAAACGAAAAAUUAACCUUCGAAAUAAGUUAGAGUUGGACCCAAAAAGGAAAUACUUUGUUUUAUGGAAGGAAGCUGUCCAGCAACUCUCCAGUAUUUUAUUUAUUAAGAUUCUUAGGCCAUAGUUGUCAUACCUCUUCCUCUCAAUUAAUUCUAGAUUUGAUAGUUCGAUGAUGUGUGAUAUAUAUUCUCCUUCCUUAUACAUUAGUUCAUCUACUACAUCAUUAUGUAAUUUGUGUACUACCCUAGAUCUCUGUUUAAUAUCAUUCUGAAACUAUUUUGGCAUUUUAAUAUAAUUUACUAUUUUUUUUUGGGAAUUAAUCAUAAUUUUAGUUUAAAUUUUGUUUGUUUUGACGUUGAAGUGGAAAUCGAAACGUGAAAAUAAACGUGUUUUAAACUAAAAUUUUGAAACACUUUUACUUGACGUUAUUUGCUCAAAUAUGUAAAAAAAAAUUAUGCAAAAAUAAAAAAAAAUAUUGUAUUCUAUUCUAAAAUUGUUUUUUUUUCUAUUAUUUUUAUGGCCCUGGCAUAGCCAAUGUAUCAAUUCCAAUGCCAUUUUUGUUACAUUUCAACUAUUUUUUAUACCUAUUUUAUAUUUCUAAUUCAGUAUAAUAACAAUUUUUUUUUAUAAUGUUGCCAUAUUUAUUGGAGGGUGUUAAACCAUUUUGGGUCCAGACAAACGCACGUUGAACCUCUUGCUAUGUUUUUCCAAUGAAUACUUACUGGGUACUGUAUUGAUAAGAUAGUUUGUUACAUGUUAAAACUUUUUUAUAUCUAUUUACUGUUAUUGUUUAGAUUUAGGUACAUAAUUACAUUGUGAUUAAAACCAGUACUUUAUACUAUAUGAAUAAAAUUUAAUCAGA